AUGGUAGGCGUCUUCAGGUGCUUCGAGGCGACGCAUCCGCCCAUCCUGAUUGACAACGGCCUAGCCAUACUGGAGAACGAGAAGAUCGAGCGUCACAUUAUGAAGAAUAUACCCGGCGGCUACAAUCUGUUCGUGCAGGACAAGGAGGUGGCCACUCUGAUCGAGAACCUGUAUGUGAAGUUGAAGCUGAUGCUGGUGAAGAAGGACGAUGCCAAGAACAAUGCCCUCUUGUCGCACCUUAAGAAGAUCAACGACCAUUUGGCCAAUCGCAAUACACGCUUCCUUACGGGCGACACCAUGUGCUGCUUCGACUGUGAGCUGAUGCCCCGUCUACAGCACAUCCGUGUGGCUGGCAAAUACUUUGUGGACUUUGAGAUACCAACGCACUUGACAGCGCUGUGGCAUUACAUGUACCACAUGUAUCAGCUGGAUGCCUUUACACAAUCGUGCCCGGCCGACCAGGACAUUAUCAAUCACUAUAAGCUGCAACAGAGUCUCAAAAUGAAGAAGCACGAGGAGCUGGAGACGCCCACGUUUACCACAUCCAUUCCAAUUGAUAUAUCGGAGUAAAUUUCCUAUAAAAAUCAGCACACACAGCGCAGCAGCAGUAGCAGUAGCAGCCCCCAAAUAUACAUCAUAUGUAUACAAAACAAAUAAUUCA